AAAUUUCAGUCGCUGUUCGACGACCUCAACAACGAGCUCAGCACAAGCCACGAUGGCGACGCACGCACUCUUCGAGUCAGCAUCGGGAUACGCCAUCUUCGAUAUAAAACUCCAUGAAAACAUUGGCUCACAUGUCAAAGCAGUCCAGGACUCCAUCAAUGACCUCUCAAAAUUCGGUAAAAUGGUCACUCUCGUCAGUUUCUCGCCAUUCAAAAAUGCAGCGGACGCUCUUGAGAACAUAAACGAUAUAUCAGAAGGCAUUCUCAGUGAUCAUCUCAAAUCCCUCCUCGAGCUUAACCUUUCGAAGCCUAAGAAGGGCUCCAAGAUAGUCCUCGCAGUCUCAGAAGUCGGACUCGCAAACUCCAUCUUCGAAAACCUCGCCAUAAAGUGUGACGCCUCUGAAACCUCCCAGGAAGUCCUUCGUGGCAUCCGCUUCCAUGCACCAAAGCUUCUUAAGGGCCUCGACGCUACCGACCUCAUCAAAGCCCAACUCGGUCUGGGCCACUCGUACUCCCGCGCUAAAUUGAAGUUCAACGUCAACCGUGUGGACAACAUGAUCAUACAAGCCAUCGCCCUCCUCGACCAGCUCGAUAAGGACGUCAACUUGUUCGCCAUGCGCAUACGAGAGUGGUACGGCUAUCACUUCCCCGAACUCGUCAAGCUUGUCCCAGACAACUACCAAUACGCCCGCAUCGCACAGUUCAUAGGCGACAAGGAAACUUUGACAGAGGAAAAAUUGCCCGAGCUCGCUAUCCUCUUGGAGGACGACUCCACCCUCGCACAAAAUAUCCUCGACGCCGCCCGCGGCUCGAUGGGCUCAUCCAUAUCGGAAAUCGACAUGCUUAACAUCUCCGCAUUCGCAGCCCGUGUCGUUUCCAUUGCUGACUACCGCAAAUCCCUCGUUAACUACUUAAGCGAGAAAAUGAACCUCGUCGCUCCAUCUCUUACUGCGUUGUUGGGAGAGCGGAUAGGCGCACGGCUGAUCAGCCAUGCGGGUAGCUUGACAAAUCUGAGCAAGUAUCCUGCCAGUACCGUGCAGAUCCUUGGCGCAGAGAAGGCGUUGUUCCGAGCAUUAAAAACCAAGGGCAACACCCCCAAGUACGGUCUGCUAUAUCACUCCUCCUUUAUCGGCCGUGCAGACCCUAAGCACAAAGGCCGAAUAUCCCGGUUCCUCGCAAACAAAUGCUCUAUUGCCUCCCGGAUAGACUGCUACUCGGGUAACUCCACCACACCUCCAUCCACUUACCCCUUACUAAAAACACCCAGAUAACCCAUCCGCAAAAUUCGGCGAGGCCCUCCGCACACAAGUCGAAGAACGUCUUAACUUCUUCGAGACCGGGGCACCACCGACCAAGAAUGUCGAUGCCAUCCGCAAAGUCCU